UCCUGUUCGGUUGUGGCUUCAUCGCUUUUACGUUAGAGAUCAGCUGAGCUCGUGCAUCGCUGCAGUGAGUGCGCGAGCUGCCAGCGGCUCGAGAUCGGAGCAGCUCGGGGCCGCUCGGUGUGUCCGUGCUCGGGCUUGGACAUCAUUUUGAACCCCCCUCCCCGUGAUCGAGCGGAGACGGAGCUUUUUUUAAAAACAAAAGAAAGAAAGAAAAACGACUGCGAGGAUGUGACUGUUUUAUAUCUCCGUGGUUUUAUUUUUGAAACGCUCCUUUGAUCGAAUAGACGAUCUUUUUUUAUUUAUUUUUUUUGCAUUAUUAUUAUUCGCUCAUCAUCUGUGCCCUCAGUGCGGAAUACACCUGGACUGGUUUGAGGGGUUAGGAGGAGGAGAUCCCAGUGUUUUGCCGGGAGUGGGCAAUAAUAUGUCCAGGCGAAAACAGACCAACCCUUUCAAAGUUGACUGGCCAUUCCACACUUCAGGAAUCACAGGACUUCAGCACACUAUUAACAUGGACGGAAGGGACGAAUUCACCGAAGACAGUGAAUGCUGCAGCAACAACUCCCAGGAAGUCCAAGAGCAGGAUAGCAUCUCAGACAGUGAUAGUGACCUUGACAACCACGGUGAAGACUCAUCCUCCAACACCUCGACUGACGACCACAUGACCACCAAGAGAUCACAGUGCCGCCUACAAGGAGCGGGAGUCAAAGAGGAGAGCGAGGAAGGGGCAGACCACGGCAACUAUAUUUGUCCUCUGUGCACGCUGGAUUUCAGCACCCCCGUGAAGCUCAUCUCCCAUGUCUACCAGCACACAAGUAUGAUGAGCAACACCAAGAGCUAUGUGUGCCCAGUGUGUGGGCGAGCCCUCAGUUCGCCUGGCUCGCUUGGACGGCAUCUUCUCAUCCACUCUGAGGACCGCCUCUCCAACUGCGCUGUCUGUGGCGCACGCUUCACAGACACCAACAACUUUAACAGGGAGAAGCUUAAAGAUGUCCUUGACACAACCAGGAUGGAUGUGACCAGUGGAAGGGACACCUGUUCCAUGUCCCAUUCCCUCUCCAGUAGCCCCAUGGCCAGCCCGGGCCCCGGCUCCUGUUCCUGCCACGGACCAGGCCCCAGCCCCAGUUCAUGCCAGGGUCCUUGCCCCUGUGAAGCACCUGACCUCAACCCCAGCCUAUGUCAAGCCCAUCGUACCUGCCAUGGACCAGGCCACAUUUCAAGCCAGUGUCACGGCCCAGGUCCAGGACCGUGCACAGGUUCUGACCAAGGACCCUCCUUUCCCUCACUGCCUGACAGUCUUCUCUCUGAAGGACCAUCGCUUGCAUCUAUCCCUGAUGCUCUUAACUCCUCUUCCUCAAGCCUUCCUCCUAUCCCUGACAUCUUGGGCUCUAUGCCGGUGUAUCCCGCCGGGGUGCUGCUGGUGUGCAACAGCUGCAUGGCUUAUCAGCAGCUAAUGGAAGCCCAGUCGCCGAUGCGAAAAUGGGCUCUGCGUAGGAAGAACGAACCCCUGGAGGCUCGCAUGCAGCGUCUAGAGCGCGAGCGCACGGCAAAGAAGAACAAGCGGGCAUGUGAGACGGACGAGGAGAGGGAAAUGAGGAGGCUGAGGGACCGCGAGGCCAAACGCAUGCAGAGGAUGCAGGAAUCGGAGGAGCAGCGGGCGCGCAGGCUGCAGAGAGACAGGGAGGCCAUGCGUUUGAAGAGGGCCAACGAGACGCCGGAGAAGAGGCAGGCCAGGCUGAUCCGCGAGAGGGAGGCGAAGAGGAUCAAGCGACGGCUGGAGAAGAUCGACCCUGCUCUGAGGACACAGAUUGAGCAUGAUCCUGCUGCGAUGGCUGCCCUCACAGCAGACAUGAGUCUCUUUCAGUUCCCCUGCCCUAUGCCUGUCCCUUCGAUUGAUAAUGGUCUGUUCAUGAAGCUGCCCUAAUUGGACCAGGCCACUGGGGGCGGGGGGACCAAUUGGCUUCCUGCAGCAUCAUUAACCUCUGCACUCUGCCACGAGGCUGCUGCGUUCACAGUGGACCAUUCCUAGCUGGUUUACUUCCAGCUCCUUCUGUGUCGAACAGCUUCACACACAAACUGCUUUGUUAAAUACAGCAAAAACUACUUCAAUUUCUAAUUUAUUACCGUCUAGAAAACCUUGGCGACAGGGUUGAGAAUGUUUCAUGUUGUAUGGAUGAUGACAUAAAAGCAUGUUGUAAAGAGAUUUGUCUGUUCGUCAGUGGGCUAGCAGAUUUAACACAGUUCAUUCUCAUAGCAGCAGUUAUACUUCCUUUGAGGGGGGGGGACAAAAGUCUUUUUGCACAUGGACCUUCAGUGACAGGAGUGGGGACUUUGUAGCCACAGCCCCUUCUCCUUUCUGGUCCACUCCGCCAGCCCAGUGACUCGGGUUUACCGGUAGCUACACCUCUCUCUUCAAGCUGCCACCGUGGGUCCCUGGGAAGUUCAUAUUCUGUCAAAACUACUACCUCAGCUGGCGCCGUGGUCGCGCUCUCUGUCUUGUGGCUUACUGCGUUCCAACUCCAGGCUUCCAAAGCUCUAUAAGUACUGUACACUACCACAGAGGAUGCAGGUUUUCCACAAUUUAUGUUUGCAUUAAUCACGCAGGCACUUUUAAUAGGACACAAACAUUCACAGGAGUAUCUGAGUUCCACGUGUACUUCCCAGGUCUGAUUAUGUAUCUUAUACUCCGAAUGUUUUGUCCUAUUGAACACGCCCGGUGUGUCAUCUCCUGAGUUGUACACCUUAAUGCAUUCGCCUCUUUACAUUCAUUUGCCAAUAUUCAAAUCUGUUUUCUUUUUUUCUUUUUUUCCUUCACUGUUACACUCCGAAUACUUUGCCAAUGUCAUUUCGGUUUGCUUUUCUGUUACAGACCUUUCCUUGGCUCAUAAAAAUAAUCAGUCUGUGCUGCUGUUAUUGUACUGUACAAUACAUUAGUUACCUCUUAUAUAUUUUGGGUUCAUCUCAUUGAGGAAUAUUGUGCUAAAAUAUUCAGUAAAGUGGUCACAAUGAAAUAGUUCCUGAUACGUUACUUGUUGACAACAAAAUUUGUCACACUACUUGAAUUCUGCUUGCAAAGACGCAUUUGUUUUCCUCGUUAUGAGACCAUUACAAACAUAUUAAAGUGGUUAUUAUUAUGUAGAUGGUCAUAGACGGAUGAUGCAAUUUUCUGUAGCAUUCACAUGCUUUGUAAAGCUGCAGUACCUUCAGUAUAUGUAACCUGUACCACUUACAUUGGGGUUAAUGUAUGUACUCUGUCCGCAGAAUUGAUACAUUUAUUGAUUCAUAUGACAGAGGAACUCAUUUUAAAUGCCUGUUGAAACUUAAAAAAAAAA